AUGCAAGAGUACUAUCUAUGCUGCUCUGAUGGCAGCGGCGGCGGGUUUGGUAUCAGUGUGAGCCAUAACAGCUCCGGCACUGACAUCACCAUUGGCGGAGGACCCGGUGGUGGGGCUGGUACUGCUCGUGACGGUGGAGCCAGCGUUGUGGGAGGGAUCGGUGUUGGGGUCGGCAUCCACGUAGGGAAAGACGGAAUGAGCGUCGCGGUGGGGUUCGGCAGAGGCGGUGCUGCCAGUGCAAAGAAGGUUAGUGUUAGUAUAGGGAGUGGCGGUGCGACCGGGAGCAUCGGUGGUGGCGUGGGCGGAGGUAUGGGGAGCGGCAAUGGGGCGUCAAGUGGUGGCAGGGGUGUUGGUAGUACCGGAGGCCGUGGAGACUCGUCGACUGCAGGAGCUGAAGCAGGAGGUAGCGGCCGGCGCCGACGUUGGUAA